CUUCCUUGUCGUACUGUCGUACUGUCGCACUUUGGUCAAUGAUCGACAAGUCUAGCGAUAGGAAGGAGAACCGAAAAACGUAGUUGCGUACACUCGUUUUCUAGGGUUAAGCGGUCAAGGCAGUCCUCUUUUAUUAUUUCGUUGGUCGGUUCAUCGGCGGAGUCCUCGCGGUCAUACCUUCCCCGAGAGUAAGGAACGUCGUCCAAACGGUCCGACGUGAACAGACAUAUGUGGAAACGUGUACGCCACGGGCACAAGAUUUGAUGCCAAAAUGAGUAAGAUGUACACGACCGCCAACCUCUCCGACAAGGAGCUGAAGGAAGAAGGGAAUCGUCUUUUUAAUCUUCAUAAAUACGAGGACGCGUCGCACUGCUACACCAAAGCAAUUAUUAAAAAUCCAACCCAAGCGCUAUACUUUACGAACCGAGCGCUGUGUAACCUGAAAUUGAAACGAUGGGAAUCGUCCUGUCUAGACUGCAGACGUGCUCUCGAUAUCGACCCGUGUUUGGUGAAAGGUCAUUUUUUCUUGGGUCUAGCUCUCCUUGAAAUGGAGCUCUUCGACGAAGCUGUUAAACAUUUGCAAAGAGCUGUGGACCUGGCCAAAGAGCAAAAGUUAAACUACGGAGAUGACAUGACCAGCAUUUUAAGGCAGGCGCGGAAACGUCGCUUCCAAUUGAGAGAAGAGCAGAGAAUCGCGCAAGACAUCGAAUUACAGUCGUAUUUGAAUCAAUUGAUACUGGAGGAUGCCGAAAGAACUUUGGCCAAUCUCAAAGAACAGGAGAGUUGUAACGCUGCGGCGGUGGCAGCGGCGGCGGCAGCGGCGGCAGAUACAGAUGGUGGGUGUACAAGUGGAGAAGCCGCGUCCAUCGAGUUCACAAGAAAGAAGGAGGAGAUCGAAGAAAAGAGAGAUACGUGUAUGGCUCAUCUGAAUGAUUUGUUCGCGAAAGUCGACGAAAGAAGAAGGAAGAGGGAAGUACCUGACUAUUUGUGUGGGAAGAUUAGUUUUGAAAUUUUACAAGAGCCCGUAAUUACACCCAGUGGGAUCACGUACGAGCGAAAAGAUAUCGAGGAGCAUUUGCAAAGGGUGGGACACUUCGAUCCAGUCACUAGAGUUCGCUUAACUCAGGAUCAGUUGAUCCCUAAUUUGGCGAUGAAGGAAGUAGUAGAUACAUUUUUGCAAGAAAACGAAUGGGCAUUAUACUAUUAACACGUAAAGUUAGAUUACUGCCGUAUCUUUAUCAUAAUUGCAUUACGUAUAUUCUGAUAAUUUUUUGAUCCUGUUUGGUAAUUUACACGAUUGUGCGUAUCAUUAUCUCGAGAUCAGUAAACAUGCAUACAUACAUGCGUGUGUAUACACAUGUACGUUUCAUUUCAAAUGUUUUAUACCGAUUCAAUUACCUGAACGACCGACGAUCGAAGACGAGUAAAUAAAUGAUGAUUUCGUUUAGUUUACAACUUUUUCCACACCACAAAAAUGGAUUAAAGGAAGACUAGCACACGAUACCCUUACACAACGGGAUAACUAACGACGUAGACUAUGAUUAAAUAAGGGUAUAAAAACUGUAAAUGUCUCUUAUAAAUAAUAAAUCUAUUGUUUGGCGUACAA